AUGGGUAAAGAAGAAGUAAAUGGAAGAAAUAAACAGAGAAGAUACAAUGAAAAGGAAACAAUAAAAAAGUUUCUAGUGUCCAGCAAGGGUAUAUCAUUCCUAGUAGACCAUGUCAACCGAGAAUCUUCCAAUGAAGAUGUUCGUCCCAAUAAAAAAUCAAUAGAAAAGGAGGUAUCCAACCUCAUCGACUAUUAUUUUGCAUGGAUAAAUGGCCUUCCUAUCAGAAAGAACAUGACCAUGAGCAAAUAUGAGUUCCUGAAAUACUUGGAGGAUUUCUGCAGGAAGAACGAUGUUAGCAAUCUAUUUGAAUUUUUGUUUAUUUAA